AUGGCUCUGAACGAAUCCGGCGUGAUUCGUCGUCCUUUAGACGCGGAAGUACAAGACAGCAAGCAACAGCGCCAGAACUUUGCCGCGGCUUUAUAUAAAGAAUGGCCCAAUCAUGCCGGGUUUGAACACCUCGACGAGCACAGAGGCCCCAUCAAGCUUCACGUCAAGGGCAAGAUCCCAUCCUUUGCCGCCGGAUCUCUGUACCGGACAGGGCCGGGCCAGUCCGCCGUUGAAGACACUGCCCGCGGGACUCAUUACGUGAGCCACUGGUUCGAUGGGUUUGCGCACACGCACAAAUUCGACAUUGUCGCCCCGGAAGAGGAGGGUGGCGAAACCACGGUGGUGUACUCGUCGCGGCGUCAAUCAGAAGAGCAUGUCGCCGCCAUUAAGAAGAUCGGCUGGCGACACAGCACGUCGUUUGGGCAACGGGCAGACCCGUGCGUGGGCAGGUUUGCCAAGUUCAUGAGCCUCUUCAAACCCCACCAUGAGAACAACAGCGUCGUUGUCUUGACCAACGUUCCCGGUUUGCCGCACAAGCGUCCCGACAACACCACGAGCGGCCACCGCACGGGGACUCAGAAUGUCUAUCUCAGUACGGACAACAAGACGCUGCAAGAGAUUGACCCGGACACGCUUGAACCCUUGGGCUACACCAAGCAGGUGGCACUUCACCCGGAUCUCAAAGGCCCGCUCUCCUGCGCCCAUGCCCAGCGAGACCCCGAGACAGGCGACAUGUUCAACUUCAACAUUGAUGUUGGUCGGAAAACCACGUACCGCAUGUUUCGCGUCAACGCCGCGACCGGCACUACAGACAUUCUCGCCGCCAUCUCAGAGCCUGACCUGCCGCCUGCGUACAUCCACAGCUUCUUUCUGACGGAAAACUACGUCGUCUUGUGCGUCCCUUCGUCCCAUUACGGGUGGAGCGGCCUGAAGAUUUUGUGGGAAAACAACCUGCUCGAUGCCUUGAAGCCGUUUGACAAGUCGCGGCGGUGCAGAUGGUUCGUGGUUGACAGGCGACAUGGCAAGGGGGUUGUUGCUCGCUUUUCGACGCCGGCUGGCUUCUUUUUCCACUCAGUCAAUGCUUUCGAAGAACGCAACAAGGACGACGCCGGCCAGCUACAGACGGUCCUCAACAUGGACCUCACCAUGUACGAAACGACCGACGUUAUGCUCGGACUCUACUACGACGUCAUUCUCGACAGGAAAGAUGCCGCAAAGACCUACUGGGACAAGUGGGGACACCAGAACCUGGCCACCCGGCAUGCCAGGAUCCAGUUCGUGAUGCCUACAUCCCCUCAGACGGAACAAGAGGCGGCCAUGGCCGAGGCAGAGGAGGUCUUGUCGAUCCCGAGCCCUCACUCCGGGGAGCUGUCGACGAUUCACCCGGGCAAGGCCGGAAAGGCGUACCGAUACGUGUACGGGGCGGGGUCGCGCGGGCUGAGCACCUUCAUGGACUCCAUCGUCAAGACGGAUCUGAAGACGCGCGAGGCGGUGCUGUGGAGCGCGCCGCAGGCGCACUCGCCGUGCGAGCCCAUCUUUGUGCCACGCCCGGGCGGGGCGAGCGAGGACGACGGCGUCGUGUUGACGGUGGUGCUGGACGGCACCGCGCAGAAGUCGUAUCUGCUGUGUCUGGACGCGGCGACGAUGCAAGAGGUGGGCAGAGCCGAGGCAGACUUUGCCAUUGGCAUUGGCUUCCACGGGCACCACGCGUCGGUGCUGUGA